AUGGGCAACGUUAGUUCCCAACCAAAUUUCGUCAAUCUCAUGGGUCUCGGAAGCGAUGGAGUGAUUACUCGUCCCAUCAAACAAGGUGGCAUGAUCUGCAUCUAUUAUUUCGCAGCCAUGUUCGGAGCUUUCAUUGGCGGCUGGACCGGUGACAAGCUUGGAAGAAGACGAGGAGUCUUCAUCGGAGGAGUGCUCAGCUUCAUCGGCGGAGCCCUUCAGACAGGUGGAAUGAACGCCAACAUGUUCCUCUGUGCUCGGGUUAUAUCUGGAGUCGGGAUUGGGUUUAUCAACUCGAUUACCUGUUCAUGGAUCUCAGAGUUGGCCAAGGCACACAGCCGAGGAUUCACAUUCGCCAUCGUCUUCUCAGCCAACUAUCUGGGUCUGAUGCUGAUCAACUGGAUCAUGUACGCCAUCGAGGACUGGACGAGCCCAGGGUUGAUUUGGCGAUUCCCCCUUGGAUGUGUCUGCGCUCCCUCUCUCCUCCUCAUCUCCGUGGUUUGGUUCGUUCCCGAAUCUCCACGCUGGCUAGUCGGCAACGGCCAGACACAGGAGGCCCGAGAGAUUCUUGCCAAGGUCAGAGGUGACCUCGCCCUGGAUGAUCCUGUGUUGGAGGAUGAGAUGAGAGAAUUGAUCGCCAUGGUCGAAAUCUCUCACAAGAAGCGAAACAAUCUUCUCAACAUCUGGCUUGGCGGUCGCUAUUCUGGUCGUCUCCACUUAGGCCGACGUGCGAUUCUAGCCUGGGCUGCCUUGUUCUUGAUGAUGUACACUGGUAUCAUGGCAAUGGCAACAUACGCUGGUGCGUUGUUCCAGGCAUCUGGUGCUUCUCCAAAGAAGAUUGGCUGGAUGGCAGGACUGUUGCAGACUUUCGGCUUUCUGGGAACCCUUUCUGGUGCGCCAAUCAUCGACCGAUUUGGCCGAAGAGUGACCUUCCUCACGGGAUUGAUCAUCCAAAUGAUCGUUUUGUUCCUCUCGGCAGCUUUUGCAAAGAAGGCUGGUGAUACGACAGGAUCAGUUUCACAGUCAUGGGGUUCCGCCGCUGCUGCAAUGGUGUACAUCUACCAGUACGCCUUCUGCUGUACCACUUUGGUCGCCUGCUGGGUGUAUCCAACCGAGAUCUGGCCACAAGAGAUCCGUGCAAAGGGAAAUGCUUUCGGUAUUCUCGGCUGGGCGAUGGGUGCUGGCUCCACAACUCUCGCUUUACCGAGCAUGUUCAAGUCUCUUGGUUGGAAGACAUUGUUGGUCUUCGCCUGCUUCAAUGUCGCCUCCAUACCCUUGGUUUAUUUCUUCUUCCCAGAGACUGCCAAUCGUUCAUUGGAAGAGGUCAAUCUGCUCUUCAGUCUCAACAAUCCACUGGUGUCUGCAAAUGAGGCCGAAUACAAGAAGAUGUUGCUCGAAGCUAAUGGCAAUGCUGCUGUUGCUGAAAGACGUCUACUUGAUUUUGUUGACGAGUCGACUGGAGAGAAGGAACCUGGUGCCACGACUAUGCUCGAUACUGAGGUGGGCGUAUACCCAUCUGCCGAGAAAGGCGCCCACCACUUGGAGUCAAGCAAAGAGCCGUCUCUUUAA